UAAACCCAAAGCAGCAAAAAUUGGAGCAGGAUUAGAAGCAACCCCCACCAAACCCACCACUAAACUCAACAGAAACAAAUUAAGAAGAUAAGACAUAAUUCCCGCCCGGACUCUAACCGAGACUAAUGGCUUGAAAACCCACCGUUGUCCUUCAACUACGAGAACCCAAUGGUCACCCGAAAAACCCACCCCCUACUCAAAAUUGUUAACAGCACCCUUAUUGACCUCCCCGCCCCUUCAAACAUUUCCGCAUGAUGAAAUUUUGGCUCCCUUCUCCUUUUAUGUUUAAUUAUACAAAUUCUAACAGGACUAUUCCUGGCUAUACAUUAUACAUCAGACAUCUCCACAGCCUUCUCCUCUAUUGUACACAUCUGCCGCGACGUCAACUACGGAUGAGUUAUCCGUAAUCUACAUGCCAAUGGAGCAUCCUUCUUCUUCAUCUGCAUCUAUCUGCACAUCGGCCGAGGCCUUUACUACGGCUCCUAUCUAUAUAAAGAAACAUGAAAUAUUGGGGUAGUACUCCUACUACUAGUAAUAAUAACUGCCUUCGUAGGCUAUGUUCUACCCUGAGGACAAAUAUCAUUCUGAGGGGCCACAGUCAUCACAAACCUACUCUCCGCUAUCCCAUAUAUUGGAGACAUACUAGUACAAUGAAUCUGAGGGGGUUUCUCCAUUGACAACGCAACUCUAACACGCUUCUUUGCAUUCCACUUCCUCCUGCCAUUUGCAGUUGUAGCCGCCACUGCUCUCCACGCCCUGUUUUUACAUGAAACAGGGUCUAACAACCCCCUUGGUAUCAACUCCGAUACAGAUAAAAUUACAUUCCACCCAUACUUCUCAUACAAAGACGUGCUAGGAUUCGUGAUCCUAAUUACAUUCCUAGCAUCUCUAGCACUAUUCUCCCCAAACCUUCUAGGAGACCCAGAAAACUUCACCCCUGCUAACCCCUUAGUAACACCACCACAUAUUAAACCAGAAUGAUACUUCCUAUUUGCCUACGCCAUCCUCCGAUCAAUUCCCAACAAACUAGGGGGAGUUCUAGCACUACUCUUUUCAAUCCUAGUACUUAUAUUAGUCCCCCUUCUACAUACAUCAAAACAACAAGGAUUGACCUUCCGACCCUUAACACAAUUCCUAUUCUGAACGCUAGUAGCAGACGUAAUGAUCCUAACAUGAAUUGGGGGAAUACCUGUAGAACACCCAUUCAUUAUUAUUGGUCAAAUUGCCUCCAUCCUAUACUUUGCCCUAUUUUUAUUCUUUAACCCAUUAGCAGGUUGAUUAGAAAACAAACUACUUAACUGAAAUU